AUGCUUCGUCAAUCUUGUUUUAUGACUCCGUCAUUGCGGAGGCUUUUCUUCGCGCUUCCUAAAACAGCCGGCUGUCGAGGCGUUUUUCCAUUCGAACAAAUAUAUCGGGCGACGACGCUUCCACGUUCGCGUUCCCCCGCACAAGAGUGUGCAUUCUGCAAGCAAGCAGUGCCUCCCAUAUUUCCUUGUUCUGGUUCUAAUCGGUCUUUCGCAUCCUUUGCGCUUCGUCGUCGAAGGGACUUACCAGUCUGUCUUUCUGAAAGACGGGGAUUUGUGCAAGGUGGUUGCAUACAGGACUUCCGGCGAAGAGCCUCCAUAGAAACGCAAGGCAACAGCAACAGCUGUUUCCAUGGCCUUGUUGGCCACGCUUCUGUAGAGGUUGAAAGACUGCAGACUCAACGCGAUGUCGGCUCAGAUACCCCAAAAUAUAGCAUUCUGCCCGGCUAUUUGAAUCGCGGGCGACCAGAGCGCAAGGCCGAACAGGGCAGACAGAUCGUCGUCAAUAGAAGCCCUUUUGCCGCGCGGUUUAUGCCAGAUUGUUUGCCGUUGAGAUCAUCUAUAUCCGCUCACGCUAUCGACGGCAGUGGUUUUCUUCAUGCGCCAUCCACAGCAGGUCGAUCCGUGGAUACCGUCGUCGAAUCGGGACGUUGGUUUCUUGUCCAGAACAGGCUCGUGCACGGCCAAGCAGGAGCGGCACUGCCUCUAGGCAAACCUCUUAGUAUGGCCCGCCUUCUGCAAAAAAAAGAGCGGGGCGAGAAGAUAUCGAUGGUGACGUCUUACGACGUCAAUACCGCCCGAAUCCUUGACUCGGCCCUCAUAGACAUGCAGCUGGUGGGCGAUUCCCUCGCAAAUGUAAUUCUAGGUUUGGACAGCACGGCAUUGGUGGAUCUGGACACUAUGAUUCUUUUCUCCAAGCACGUCAAACAAGCCUGCCAACGGUCGGUUGUCGUUUUCGACCUUCCGUACGGGUCGUAUCACACGAAAGAGGCCGCUGUUGAGUCGGUCGUACGGGUUGUAAAGCAAACUGGCAUCACGGCGGUAAAGCUGGAAGGCUUUUGCCCAGAGAUUGUGAAGGCACUCCGAGACCAUGUCAGCGUCAUCUGCCACCUUGGCGUUCAACCUCAGACUGCCCAGUCCAUGGACUCCCGAGGCAAGAAUGCGCAAAGUGCUUUGGAGUUGCUUCGACAAUCGCUGGCUCUGGAGGCCGCUGGCUGCCAAAUGAUCGUGCUGGAGAAAGUCUGCUCUGAGGUCGCUGAGGUCAUCACAGCCAAACUCAAAAUUCCUACUAUUGGUGUUGGCUCAGGCCCGAGCUGUGACGGCCAGGUUCUUGUGUUCCACGACAUGUGCGGUUUGGCUCCAGUGGGUCCGAAAUUCAAGUUCGUCAAGCAGUAUGCGAAUGUCCAUCCUGACCUUCAGGCUGCGGCGAAUCAGUUCCGCAGAGAUGUGGAAAAGAGCGUGUUUCCAGCUAUCGAACACUCCUUCUUCAUGAUACCGACAGAGCGUGCAAAGUUUUACGCUCGCAUCGAUGAAGGUCUCGAUGUACAGCUCGGGGGCGAGACGAGGAGCGCGGCCACCAGCUCUCAGGAACGCGAAAGAGAUCAAGGCCUGCCAACACCGUCCAUUGUCCGCGGGUGGGUAGCUGCGGGUCUGGUGAAUAAGCCAGGUUCCAGUUCGACGAAUGCCGCUCGACUCGCGUCUACCCCACUUCGUUCCUCUGAAGAUGAACAGGCAUGCCAGCCUAUGCUUCAAGGGGGUUCACAGGCUCUUCCACAAGAGACCACGGGCACAGACCUCAAGCGCGUGUGUGUUCGAGGUGGCGGGGCCAUGGGCCAGCUGGUAGCUUGGAAACUCGCGAGCGUUCCUGGACUGGAGGUCGUCAUCGCGACGCACCGGCAGGAGUUGAAGGAAGCUGUCGAUCGACAGGGGAACCUGCUGCUCAUCGAGAAGUCCCCAAACGGAACACAGGGGUCCGAUGCUUACGGCGACAUCGAAGGGAGACCUGUGAGAGUCGUCGUCAUGGGAGAAGGCCUAGACAAAGUUGAGAAGCUUGACGAGGAACCGUUUGACGCGGUUAUAAUUUGCACCCAGUCCUGGCAGACUGCCGAAGCAGGCGCCUUUGCACUGGCUAACCUGAAGCCAGACGGAAUCGUUGCGACAGUGCAGAACGGGCUGGAAGCCCCACGAAUUCUGCGCGGCAUCUUUGGUGACGCCUUGGCCUCUCGGCCAAAUGCACCCUCUCGUUCCACCCAGGCACGGGCAUGUUCAACGCCAAGCGAGCAGUGCGGGGUUUCAUCCCUGCCAGGAGACAGUGGGAAGGAGGAACUGUCCGGAACUGCCGGCUCUCCUUCUCUUGUAUUUGCUCCCACAUCUUACGGCGCCCUAGAACAGGCCGCAGGACACGUGCUGCUGACCGGCGAAGGGCAGAUCCGCCUGGGUCUGUCAUCACCAAACGAAAGGAGCACCGCAUUGUCCAGCCUUUCCGCUUUGCUCAGACGCGCAGGCACUGACGUUAUGGAGGAAGACCCAUUCGAUGUGCAGGUGGCUAUCUGGCAGAAAGCCUCAGUCAGCUGCUACGUCAAUGCCGUCACAGCCAUUCUAGGAUGCCGUAACGGCGAUGUGGCGCACCCGCUACUGGAGCCACUGAGGCGGCGCAUUGUCGAGGAGGUGGUCUCUGUCGCUCGAGCUCAAGGAAUUCCCGUUGACUUCGAGGCUACGGAUCAGCUGGUUGUCGAUGGGAUUCAGAAGACAGCCAGAAAUUUCUCGUCCAUGCUUGUGGACGUCCAGAAACGAAGGCAGACAGAAAUCGAUGGCAUCAACGGUGAAGUCGUAAAAAUGGGCCGAAAGGUUGGCGUGCCUACCCCGGCGACAGAGACUCUUAUGAAUCUCGUCAAGUUCAUCACCGAGCGAUAGCUUCUCAAUGACUCGCCCGCAGCGUGAUUGUCGCCACUCAAACAGGAGCAGAAAACACAGAAGCUACUUCACACAACGACCGCGUAAAUGGCGCAGUGUCAGUGUGCUUCGCUCUUUUUCCUGUCGAAUAGUGCAAAAGCAAAUAUGUGCGCAUAUCCAUUUUUCCGCUACUGUGUGUUCCCCAAUGUCUUCGUGGCAUGCAUGUGAAAGGGGACCAGUCCGUGCUCAGUUACGGGGAUAAAUACAGGUGAAGAAUACUACUCGAAAGCUCACCGGUUCCACGGAAACAAAUACAGGAGUGAGGACCCAUGGGCUCCUCACAACUACAUCGUCGUGCUGGUUGGCGGACACACAAUGGGUGGUCAGGUGGUGACGUGUGAAUGACCAUUCUGAUGUGAGGCUUCACGACUCCACCAGCAUUUUUCAAUUUUGCUUUGAUGUC